UCCUCCCGCUUCCUCUCCCCACCCCCGGGCCGGGCGGGAGGCAGCGCUGCACCCGGCGGGCAGAGCGCGGCCCCUUCUCCGCCUCCGCGGCAACACCUGCGGGGAGGGGGAUGCCGUCGGGCGGCCGCCCCCCUGGGUUGGCAGGAGGGCCGGGCCCGGGGCCGCCCCUUCGAGUACGAGAGGAAGAGAAAGGAGCCGGAGGAAAGCGGGGAAGUUGUGUCUCGGAGGGAGCCGGAGCCAUGAGCCCCGCCGGGGGGGCGCGGGCCGCCCCCUCGCUGCUGUUCUCUCUGCUGUUGGCGGCUUCAGCCCCGCUCUGGCUGCAGGCGGAGAAGAUGGGAGAUGGAUGUGGGCACAUAGUGAUGUAUCAGGACAGCGGGACCCUGGCUUCCAAGAACUAUCCUGGGACAUAUCCAAACUACACACUAUGUGAAAAGAAAAUCCAAGUACCUCAGGGAAAACGCCUGAUCUUAAAAAUUGGAGACCUGGAUAUUGAAUCACAGAAGUGUGAAUCCAGCUACCUUACCAUCCUGAGUUCUUCAACUCUGCAUGGGCCCUACUGUGGUAACAUGAUGCCUGUCCCCAAAGAAAUCAUUCUGGACAGCAAUGAAGCAACUAUCCAUUUUGAGAGUGGAUCCCAUGUGUCAGGACGAGGCUUUCUGUUGUCUUAUGCCAGCAGUGAUCAUCCAGAUCUAAUCACAUGUUUGGAACGAGCAAACCACUACACAAAGACUGAAUACAGCAGAUACUGUCCUGCCGGCUGCAGAGAUAUAGCAGGUGACAUUUCUGGGAACAUAGAAGAAGGAUACAGAGAUACCUCACUGCUGUGCAAGUCAGCGAUACAUGCAGGCGUUAUUGCAGAUGAACUGGGCGGUCAGAUCAGUGUCACCCAGCAGAAGGGCAUCAGCCGCUAUGAAGGCGUUGUCGCCAAUGGUAUCUCCUCACAUGAUGGUUCGCUGUCAGAUAAGCGGUUUAUGUUUACUUCAAAUGGCUGCAACAGAUCUCUCAGUCUGGAAGAGGGAUUCCUCUCCAAGAGCCAGAUCACUGCAUCUUCCUACUGGGAGGAGACCAAUGAAUUUGGACAGCUAUUCCAGUGGUCUCCUGACAAGGCGUGGCUUCAAGUCCUGGAACUGGCUUGGGCCGCUAACCACAGCAGCAGUCGUGAAUGGUUGGAGAUAGACUUGGGAGAGAAGAAGAGAAUAACAGGCAUCAAAACUACUGGUUCUGGAUCCACCACGCAGAAUUUUAAUUUCUAUGUAAAGACGUUUACAUUGAACUACAGAAAUAACAACUCGAAAUGGAGAACUUACAGAGGAAUUCUAAGCAAUGAAGAAAAGGUAUUCCAAGGCAACUCCGACUCUGGUGACAUCGUACGUAAUAAUUUCAUCCCCCCAAUAGUGGCCCGUUAUGUGCGAAUUAUUCCUCAGUCUUGGAACCAACGGAUAGCAUUGAAGCUUGAGCUGAUUGGUUGUCGAAUAAUGCAAGUGAACAGUUCAUUUACACAUUCAAUGUGGCAAAAACCAAGUCAGAGCACAGAAACCUCCCUUGGAAAAGAAGACAGAACUGUUACAGAGCCCAUCCCAUCAGAAGAAACCAACUUAGGCUUAAAGCUUACAGCUAUAAUUGUCCCAGUCCUCAUAGUGCUGUGUCUGUUCCUGUUCUCUGGAAUUUGUAUCUGUGCAGCCCUACGAAAGCAAGAAGCCAAAGGACUUUCUUAUGGAUUAUCCAAUGCUCAGAAAUCAGGUUGUUGGAAACAGAUCAAGCAGCCCUUCACCAGACAUCAGUCAACUGAAUUUACCAUUAGCUAUAAUAAUGAGAAGGAGACACCACAAAAACUAGAUCUGGUCACAAGCGACAUGGCAGAUUAUCAGCAGCCUCUCAUGAUUGGAACUGGGACAGUAACGCGGAAAGGAUCUACUUUCAGACCCAUGGACACAGAAGAAGAGGGAAGAAGGGGGAGCGCAGAGUUUGAAAACCACUACCACUGCCCGCUCAGAGCCAACCGGCACGAGUACGCUCUGCCUCUGACCAGCCAGGAGCCCGAAUAUGCCACCCCCAUCAUCGAGCGGCACGUCACCAGGGAAAAUAACUUUCCCGCUGAAAAUGGCUACAACGUACCCGUAAUCUCCUCACAGAAACAUUCCCUUUCUGCCGGCAGUUUCUCUGGCUCAUGCAAGACUGAUGCCAGGAGUGGAGACUAUCAGACACCCCAGAGCGUAAUAAACUACGACAAACCUAAAGCCAAUGGUAUUCUGACCUCUGUGAGCUACAGUACGGACUACCAGAAACCUCAGGCAAACGUGCUAGGGAGCGAGGGUUACUCAACACCCAGAGACUGCCUGAACCCAAUAAGCCAGACAGCAAUGACAGCUCUCUUGUGAUCUGCUAAGCAAGAGAGACGUGGUGCACAGGAAUGUCGCUGCACAGCUUCCAAAGUGAAAACAGAGUUUUAAAGGAUUCUGCUGCAGAAGGCAGAAGGCAAACAAACCCUGUGUACAUAAUAUUGCAGUCUUGCUGGGUUCUGACAUCUGAAGAAAGCAUAUGCUGUUUAUCACUGUUUAUAUCAAAAGAGACGUUAUCAGUGAAGACUGUAUAUCUUAUUUUCUGUAACUGAUCUCAGUGCUCCGUUUGCAACGUGUGCAAUUUGUACAUAGCUUUUAUUUAAGGAGAGUUUCUUAAGUUUCCUUUUCACCUGUGGAAUUGGAAGGACAAAAAACAACAACAAACAAACCAGCUUCUGCAGAAAUAGCUCUCUCUCUCUUCCACCUGCUGUUGUACUGCAGCUGUAAAUUGUGUAUCUUACAGCUGUCAUGGUUCAGUUCCUCUCCUAUGAAAACUGAAGAUCAUCACUAUAGUCCCUUUUGGGACGGCAGAAGUAAAACUGCUUGAAGCGUGAAGUGUGCAAGAGAAGGCAGCCGAUCAUUUAAAUACCACGCUCCAUCUCACCUGCCCAGCUGCCUUCCAGCAGCAAUCUGUAGAUGCUUGAAUUUGAUCUAAUGUAUGAGCUGAGCCUAACUUGCUAUUCACAUCAAGUACACAUAGAAAAGGUGGAACAAGCUUUGGAUUCAAGCCAUAGCGAUCACCUUGCAGACACAUCUGCAAUAGAAACACGCCAAAAUGCUUUUUCAUUGAAUGUGUGUGGAACUAUAAUGUGAAUUUACUGCUAAGAAUCAAAUCCUGUUCAGGCCCUACCUGAUGCUGUUAAUGCUAAACUGAAAGGAAAUUUGUUCCUUGACACAAAACAGCUCUUCAUUGCUCCAGUAGGUAUUUUCCUUUCUGGCUAAAUAUUUCAAAUGGAAAUACUACACUAGAUUUGUAAAACUAAAAGACAACAUGGGUAUGGUUCAGUGUUGCAUUUAAAGGCAAGACAGUGGAUCAGCACAGUUGUGCUCAAAUAGGUUUUUUUCUUAUCCUCAAUUUAGACAAACUUGAAAAAGCUUGGGGCUGACUGCAACGCACAGCUGUUGGCUCCUCUUUCAGCAGAGGUGUCAUUGAAGCUACACAGCUUCAGGUUGGGACUGCAAUCAUCCUUUGCCCUCCUACCUGCAGCACUUGGCGCCUUACCUUGAAUUUGAAAGUAUGUCUCAGAAUAUACAAAAGUGAUAUUCUUCCGAGAGGGAAGAAUGGUGCUAUGGGAAAUUAGACUGGUAAAAUGUGAACUCUUGGAAAGUCAGUAUUUCAAGGCCUUGUGUGUUUCCUUGCAUGUAAGCUGGGGAUCUUUUGCAAAGGAUGCAGCAAAGAUUUCUUGUUUGUUCACAAAGUGCUUUCAGAUCCUGGGGUGGAAAGUGCUUUCAGAGUACAGAACAGCUGUAGUGAUACUAGGUAUAAAUAUUGCUAACUCGAGCCAUAUCCAACCUUAAGAACAGCUCUCAGUGGGUUUUUCGCAUUUGCUUGUUUUGUGGCCUCAGUGGUGCAGUUCUGUCACGCCGAUGCACAGUGCAUGCAACUUCCGUGCAAAGAAGAAAGAGCUGAGCUAACCUUGUAGUCCUCCCGUGUUUGCUGUCAAUACAGUUUCUGUGAAUUGUAUAAAACACCUCAGGUUCUGAAGUGAAGCAGCAGCAGCCUGUUUGUUAGACCGAGCUGGGUGGUGUUGUUUACCUUCUGUUGUUUACAUGUCUAUGUAAAUAAAGAACACUGGUAUUUGUAAAUCAGUCA